AUGGCGACAACUAGCACCCAGAAGAAUCCUUCUAAGCGUUCCCGGGAAGAGGAAAUGGAGCAAACCCCGCUGAAUUGCCAGAUCCCAGUCCCUAAGCCAGCCAUCUACCCCAAUGAGAUGUACCUUUGUCGACGAGAUGAGUAUCACGACAUGAUCAAUCAUCAUAAAGCUAUAUUUUACACCCUCGCCGCCCCCAGAGCUGCAGAGGUGACGGUCGGCCAUGCUCUUGAGUCGGUCUUUGUUCGGGUGAGAACAUGGGCAACCAUGUCGGGAAAGGGAGAGUCACUCUCUCAUCUUGCGGAUUCGGAUAAACAGGCGAUUAUCGCCAGCUUGGAUGAAUACUGUACAAUGCUGAAACAAUUCAUCUGUACCAAGUUCAUAGAUUCUCCUUUCUGGUUCAUGGACGGAAAGAUCAAUGCCACCGAUUCAGAGCCCCAGUCUGACUUCCACAAGAGGUUCCAGUACGUGUACGAGAGGCUCCUACAAGUUUCCCGCGAGGAUGCAGCGUGGUGGAGAUCCAUCAAUGUUGGAAAGCUCAACGAUGAACCCUGCGUGAUGAACAACAUCCCACCCACUCCCGUCGGCCGCAACACAAUUAAACAUCGCACGGCGCUUGUGAAGACCUACACUGAUGAGUUGAUGCGUUCCCGGCUCUUCCAGCUCUUGCUUCGGGAUCCAAUGACCAAGUACAAACGAUCCCAGCGCAAGAGUAGUCUGCGUUUACUCCUCGAAUCUGCCGCUCAGACCGUCAUUCACGGCGAUGGUGGUCUCUACGGUAAUAUGAACAUUGUGCGACUGCCUGAUCUUCCGAAAUUCAACCACUGGUCGGGCCAGACGAUCGUCCAUCCCUUCCACGCAGGAUUUGAACCCGUCGAAGGCAGUCGGGUUUUGAUUGUGACGCGGCCAAGCUAUAGCUACAUCGACAUCAUCUCCCUCAAACACUUCUGUACGGUGCCCCCAUAUAUGGUGAACCGUGCCGAAGUACUGGACACCGUUGGAAUGGACAAGGAGGAAGGAGACAGCCAGGAAGAUGAUGACACGGAGGAGAAUGCUGAUCCGGUCAGGGAUCUUCCGCCCCUACGAGAGACCAUCUGGCGGCAGUAGACUAGCUGUUGAAUUUUCAGAAUUGAGUUCUGAG